UUUUUUUUUUUUUUUUUUUUUUUUUUUUUUUUUUUUUUUUUAAAUAAAAACUAAAUUGAUUCAUAUUUGCCUUUACCAUUGUGUUUCUGUGUCCAGUUUGACUUUUUCUUUGUUCCUUCUCUUCAUCCUUGAUCAGCCUGUUUAUUUUGUUGUCUUCCUCCUAUACAUGAUAUUCAUUGCCUGUUCCUUCUGCCUCCCUCACUUCACUUCCCAACCCGGCGCGCGGAAAGGGAAACUUGAAUUUCUCGUACAAGACGACUAUUAAUUAGCACUCUAUUCCGCCCUUAAUGAAAAAGAAAGGCAGCAAAUUGUCAAAGGUCAAAGACACGGGGAAGGAGAGAAACGAGUAUACGAAUCAGACGAUGUCGGCUCUCCAAUUCUCUGAAAAAAGGGCUUGUCUUCCUAUUUUCACCCCUUUCGAGAUGCCUCAUGCCUCAUUUAUAUGUUUUGAGGUUUGGCAGGUUGGAGGAAGUAUGUCAUCAUUUCGUUCAUUUUGUGGAGCCUUCAAGGGGGGUUAGGUAGGGAGGGUAGAUUGCUUGUCCCCUGAAACAGCAUUAAAGUGGCUGGGGAUAGGGGGCAAAAGGGUAUUGAUUGGAAAGGGAAUUUAAGCAUUGGAAUAUUCGGAUUGGGGCCAACAAUGUUGGGGUAAGGAAGGAAAAUGAGAUAAACUUAUCUAGGUACUUUACCUAACAAUGCAUUCCUUGUUCUCGAUUGGAUUCAACAGAGCGGUUAGGGCGAGCAUGAUGUGGGAUUCUGUCCGUUUCUCUCCAUUCCGUUCGCCCCUUAUUUAUCCUCCUUCUACUCAGCGGCGGGAUUUGAGGAUCCUUCCUUAUCUUCGGAGUGCAGGCGGUCUUGACCUUUUACUACGCCUGCAUGUGUAUACAUACAUGGUGAUUCUACAGCGUAGAGAUGAGUCCUUGUUCGUUUAUUGUAUACGGAGAGGAAUGACAGAUAUAUAUCGCGGAAUCUACAACUUUGCGUCAAGUGAUAUAUUGCCCUACUAAGUAUUGUUGUAAAUAAGCAACAAUUACAGAUUAUAACAAACAUUCAUUUUACUUUAAUUUUUUUCUAUCUCAGUUACACAUGGC